AUGGCUUCCAGAAAUGGCAGAAGGAGUCUAAGAACUCCGAAACCAAACCAGAAGUAUGCCUCAUAUGUAACAGGAAAGAAGGUCAAGAGGUCAGGUGAUGCAGAUACUGAAGGUGAAAGUUCAUCAGAAGAAGAAGAAGUGAAAGAAAGUACACAGUCUCCAAAAUCAUCACCAGACAAAUCAGUAAAUGUUGCUACAGCAGAAACAGAUGUAAAAAGAAAGAGGGGCAGACCAAGAAAGAUUCCUCUAUCAGAUGAUAUAAACAGUGGAUCCACCAAAGAAAAGCAGUCAGGGAGUGAAGAGAAUCUUGGAUCCACCCCAGAAGAUCAUGGUCAAAUAUCCACUCCUCAAAGGACCCCAAAGAAAAGAGGGAGGAAAAGAAAACUGAAAGCUGAUCAGGAGAGGGGGGCAUAUGACACAGAACAGGGGGAUGAGGACAAUCUUGAGAAGAGUCGAGUGUGGGAGUCCGUUCAACCUCAGUUACUGACCCUGGUGAAUAUCUUAAAGGAAGCUGGAAUUGACGUGCUACUUAUAACAAACUGGCUGAGGGGGUACACCUUCCAGUAUAACGGCUCAGAGAAAGGGGUCAAGUUCCUCGAGGAGAGGGUUGGCUUCACCGAGGAGUUUCUCAAUCAAGUCUUAAACAACAGGGGUGAGAUGUUGAAAGAUUCUCAGAAGGGAGAGCACUCCAAGUUCAUCUGGAAGAUUGUAGAAAAACAGCUACAAAGCUUGGUGUCUGAUCUGUCCUCUGUUGGUGUGGAGAGCCUUGUUCUUUCCUCUGUGAUGGGGCUGGAGGAUUUCGGAUUCACUGGGUCUACUAAAGGGCUUCAGUUCCUAGGGGACAGAACGGAGCUGAAGAAUCUCUUUGUGGCUUACUGUUCAGAUCAAGAAAUCCCAAAUGCCAAAUUCCAGCAGAAGUCAGUUUUUAUGGACUGGUACCAGUGUUUUGGAGGAGAGCCAUAUGAAGAGGAGUUCUAUGAGUCUCAGAAUCAGGAAUCCCCCAAGAAGGCCAAGAGGAAGAAAAUGGAGACACCCCUUGUGAUCACCCUAGAGCUGGAGGAAAAUCCAGUUUGUCCUGUUUGCUUUAAAAAAUUCCAAGGUGUCCAGGUGCUGAAAAAACAUUAUCUUUCUCAUCUUAAGGACGAGGAGUUUGAUUGUGAGAUUGGUCAUCAGACUUUCCAUGUGAACCUUCAAUUAAAUCAACACCAAAUAGAAGCUCAUGGUGAUGAAUCUGCUAAAGAGAUGGAAACAGAAAUUGCAAGUGGAAGCAUGGUUGCUGAAAACAAAAGUGAAGAUGUGAAAAAUGGUGGGUUGGAACUCCGUGCUGUCACAGAUAAUGACUUUCUGGCUGAUGUGCAGGGUAUAGCUUUCGAGAAUAGUACACAGGUAGAUGAAUCAGAUUUACCAUAUGAAUUAGAAAACAGAGGUGAAGUGAAGAAUGACAUAGAAGGAGAAGAUAAUAUUGAACAGACAAUUGAAAAUCUAAAGGAUAUUGCUGAGAGCAAUGAAGAUGUCAAGAAAGAAAAGGUUGAAGACAGUGAAGAUGAUGGUGAAGACAUCAGAGAGGAUAUGAAGGAUGGUAGAAUUAAAUGUCUGUUAUGUGAUAAAACCAUGAAAAAUGAACUCAUGUUUCAAAAACAUGUUGAACAUCACAAUGCAAGAAAAGAUGUGGAAUGUAAAGUUGACGGAUGUGAAAAGAAGUUUAAAAGAGCUUGGGAUAUGGAGUACCACAUGGUCACCAUCCAUGGCUAUGUUAAAAUAGCAGCAGGGAAUAUUGUACGACCAGAGGAUGUUCCACCUGGGACAAAGCUGAAGAAAGUCAAAAGGAAGAGAAGGAAAGGUGAUCCAGAAUCAGAAGAGGAAGAGGAGCCAUUUAAUCCAAUUAAAGCACUGAGAGGAACGGAAUGUCCCGACUGUCAUAUGAAGUUUAAAACCCUGGCCAUUCUGAAGAGACACUAUGAGAUACACAUAGGGGAGAAGUCUUUCAUUUGUGAAGUCUGUUCUAAAAACUUUCUUAGAAAGUAUGACAUGCAUAUUCAUCAGAUGAAAUGUCAUGGAUACAAAAGAAUAGGGAAAGGGAGGGUUGGACCUCCAGAAAAUGAAAAUAAGCCUGAUCAGUUUGAUGUGUCAUUGUUUGGAGAUAGAACUCAUUCUUCAGGAAAGAGGAAAACACCACUACACUGUGACUAUUGUGAUGUUGUGUCUCUGAAUUUGACUAAGAAAAUCGCACAUUUAGAGGAAUGUCACUCGCAAGAAAAUCCCUUCAAAUGUCCAGAGUGUGAGUUGAAAUUCCCACUGAAGAGGAAAAUGAAAGUUCAUUGGUAUACCAAGCAUGCAGAAAAGAAACACAAGUGCAGUCAAUGUGAUAAGACAUUCCUCUUUAAGUUCCAUUUGAGAGACCAUGAACAAAUGUUUCACAAUGAAAAUGGAUUCUUGUGUACCCUGUGUGGAAAAAGUUUCCAUCUUCUUAGGUACCUGAAAAAACAUGAGCAGAGGCAUGAGGAAGAUUUGGCUUAUGGUAUAGAUCCAAAUGCACCCAAAGUUUAUGAAUGCCAAUACUGUAAUCAAGUGUUAAAUGGAAUUUCUGCUUACCAGAAUCACAUGAAACAGCACCCUGAUGUGGAGGAUCGAAAAUUCGAGUGCGAUGUCUGCCACAAGAGAUUCUUCCAACAGGGUCAUUUGAAGCGCCAUAUGUAUGUCCAUGUAAUGGACCGAAACUAUGACUGCCAGUACUGUGAUAAGAAAUACAAGGAUCCAGAAACUCUAAAAAAGCACCUCAUUGCUUUCCACAAUGUAAAGGAGAUGAAACGAAAGACAUACAGAUGUGAAGAGUGUGAUAAAGGUUUCUUAAGCAUGGGCCACUUAAGUCGUCACAUGUUGGGGCACACAGGAGAAAAGCCAUUCUCCUGUGACAUUUGUGGAAAGAGGUUCACAGAAAAGGCAGGAAAAAUUAACCACGAGAGGAUCCACAGUGGAGAGAGGCCGUUUGUUUGCAAGGUCUGUGGGAGAGCUUUUGUUCAGGCCACGCAUCUCCGUCGCCACAUGUUCCUCCAUUCACAAGUCCGUAAUUUCGUGUGUGGAAUUUGCAAGAAAAGGUACUACCAAAACGAGGACCUGAAGCGCCAUAUGCUUACGCAUUUAAAUAAGAAAUCUUUUAAGUGUAACAUGUGUGACAAGUCGUACUAUCAGUUAAGUAGCUUGAAUCAGCACAUGCGCUGUCAUACAGGCAAAAGGCCUUUCCAAUGCAGCGUUUGCAAAGCUUGUUUCUCCCAGAAGAUUGCUAUGAUUGUGCACAUGCGCAAACAUACUGGUGAAAAGCCUUUCAAGUGCGAGACUUGUGGGAAAUGUUUUAUUAGCAAACGAAUGUGUAAAGAGCACAUGGCAACUCAUGAGCAGAAAUAUAUUGCCUUUACAUGCUUCAAAUGCGAAAUGGAAUUUCCGAGUGAAAAUGAGCUUAAGGACCACGUGUCUGUUGCACACCCUACAGAGAAAAUGGAGGAGGUGGUAAAAGUAGUAGUGACAGAAAAUUCGGCAUUGAAAGUAGAAAAUGCUCUUGAACCUGAAAAAGAGGACGAAGAUGAAGACGGUGUCUUGAAUACUUGUGACAUUUGUAUGAUGAGUUUUCCGGAUGUUGAAGCUUUGGAGAAACACACAGUGGAAGACCAUAAAAGUGAGAACGAAAAUGUGUGCGAACUUUGUCUUGGCACGUACGAAAAUCAGGAACAGUUUGCGGAUCAUUUGGUAAAAGAGCACGGACUUAUUGAGAUUGAAGAUGGGUAUUUCGUUCAACUUCAGGCCGUACCAGUGGAGGAAAUAUCCACUGACAGUCCAUCUAAGUAUUUGAACACAAAACACAUCACUGAGGAUGAAAUUCACGCGGAGAUCGAUGGAAAACAUAUUAUUAUUCAGAAUGUUGGUGGACUCAUGAACAGUAAUCAAAAUGCAUUGAAUCAACAUGUAGUGAGUACACCAAUAGUCUCACCUUCCAAGAAAAGCAGCAAUACUCAACUUACUCCGAAGAAGAUGACAACAAUUCAAGAGAAAGAUGGAUCCAUUCUACACAUUGUUUCUCCAUCAUAUGAGAUUCCCGCAACACAGCCCGAUGGUCCCGUUAUUGCUGAAUAUCCUUCACAUAUUGAGAACGCAACAGAACUCCGCCUGAUUGACGCCUCACAAGUAGUUGACCCAAAUCCCACAGGACAAGUUAUUAUAGCAACCGCAGAUGGCGGUAAAACAUAUUUCACGUUGCCACCUGGAACGCAGACGACAGACAGCAUUCCCAUAGAAGCUACUUCAGACGACAUUUUGCAACAGAUUACGGAAGAAGUCAUUUCCACUCAGGACUUCCAGACAGAGGCGGGCAGCAGCGAAAACGUAGAAACAACGCUGUCCGAAAUCGCAUUUGAUCAAGAUGGCGGUAUUUCUGAAUCAACAGCGGCGAACCUGGCAGCUAUGUACGGUACAGAUCGUAUCAUCUACCAAGAAGAGAGGAAUGAUGGGACAGAGGUUGUCCAUGUGUAUGCAGUGGUUUCCGAUACUUGAUACUUUUCAAACCAAAAAUGUGUCUCCCCACUCAGACAAGCAUCCAUCCGACCCCGGUUUAUGCACCCUGUACUUAUCAUUAUAUGUAUUCAAUUGCAUAAACGUUCUUUAUAUUUUGUAUUGUUUUUUUUUAUGUCUGAUUGAUUGCUUCGAGAUUAAAGGAAUAAUAAGCGAUAA